GCAGUAAAUAGUACUAGUACAGAUAAGUAGGGCCAAAAGGUAAUAAAAAAUCCUUUUUUUCUACUUAAGUGAUUUAACUAGUAGUAGUUUAUAUUGUUUUGUUUACAUGUAGGAAAAUAUGGACGACCAAAUCAAAAAUAUUAAGAAGGAAAAGACCGAAAAGCAGCCCAUAAAGCGCCACACAUGGAAAUCUUCAGAGGACAAAAUAUUGCUCAACAUAUUAAAAGAUCAAACUCAAAAUGGAGGUAAGGAAGGAACAUGAUACACAAAGAAAGCAUGGCGUGAAAGCCUAGAACAGUUCAAUGAGUCAAAGGUAGACAAACUUGAGUUGCAACAAAUAAAAAAUCGUCAUAAGUACUACAGGAGUUGUUAUGCUAGCAUGGACAAACUUCUAAAGCACACAGGGUUUGGUUGGGAUGACGAUGAUAAAAUGAUCAAAGCUUCAGAAGAAAGUUGGGCGGAUCUCAUAUCGAAGGACAAGAAUAUUCAAGAAUACCGAGACAAAGUGUGGCCUAGUUGGAUAGACCUUCAGGACAUUUGUGCUAGCUCUACCGCAUCAGGAGUUGGUGCUAUAUCUAGCAAAGGGAAAGGUGGAACCAGCAAAGAACAAAUUGAAAUUGAUCUGAAUGAGAUAGUAGAAGUUGUAUCUGAUGGAACAAAUGAUUCCCCUGUUGCUUGUCCUAAGAAGCCUAACACCACUAAGGUCGAGAAAAAGAAGAAGGGCAAUGCAAGUGGGUCGCAAAGCACUUCAAAAGGGCAAAAGCGAACAGCUGAUGAUGCUAUUAAUGCAAUUGAUCGCCUGGCAGAUGCAUCACUGAUUAUUGCUGAAUCAAAGAAAAAUGCAGCACAGCAAACAGAAGCUUACUCAGUGAAAGCAUGUAUGCAGAUAUUAAAUAGCAUGCCUGAUGUUGAACCAAACAAAAAAUUGAAAGCUGCACAAGCAUUUGAACAUGUUGAUAAAAGGGCUAUUUUCAUUGAGAUGGAUGAAGAGACUCGGUCUCUCUGGGUUGAAAAUGCGUAGUUUUUUACUUGUUGUAGCGUACUGUUUAGUUUUCUGAAUAGGUUGUAUUUGCAAUUUCCAUAAAUUCCUUCUGUAAGUUUGUGUUCAAACAAUCAAUAUGCAAAUUUAUAUAUUUAUUUGGUUCGUGCUACUAGUUAUAUAUGGUCUCAUAUAUAAAUCCCUCUUCAGAACUUGGAUUUAUAUUUGUGUGUGUGUGUGUGUGUGUUCUACAAAUACAUAAGCUUAAGAUAUAAGUGAGAAGUU